AUGCCAGGAGACGGGUUCACCAUCAGGAGCCGCAUCAGGAACCUGCUGCGGUCUCCAUCAGUCAGGAGCAAAAAGAGCUGCGGAGACUGCCCGAGCAGGAAGGUGACUCUGGAGAAGGUGCUGGGCGUCACCGCGACGGGAAACAGCGGACUGGCCUGCGACCCCCGGUCUGGACUGGUGGCUUAUCCUGCAGGGUGUGUGGUGGUCCUCCUGAACACCAGAAAGAACAAGCAGAGGCACAUUAUCAACACUUCCGGUAAAACCAUCACAGCUCUGUCCUUUUCCCCUGAUGGAAAAUACCUGGUGACCGGAGAGUGCGGUCACCUUCCAGCCGUGAGACUGUGGGACGUCGCAGAGCAACGUCAGGUGGCCGAGCUUCAGAAGCACAAGUACGGCGUCUCCUGCGUGGCUUUUUCUCCCAACAACAAGUACAUCGUCAGCGUGGGGAACCAGUAUGACAUGAUGGUGAACGUCUGGGCAUGGAAGAAAGAUGUGGUCGUGGCAGCAAACAAGGUGUCCAGUAAGGUGACUGGCGUGUCUUUCUCCGAGGACAGCUCUUACUUCGUAACCGUUGGCAACAGACACGUCAGGUUCUGGUAUCUGGACCAGUGCAAGGCCAACAAGGCCAGCGCUCCGGUGCCUCUCCUAGGCCGCUCCGGGCUUCUCGGGGAGCUGAGGAACAACUUCUUCUGCGAUGUGGCUUGUGGGCGGGGCUCCAAUUCUGACACCACCUUCUGCAUCACCUCCUCCGGCCUGCUGUGUGAGUUCAGCAGCAGGCGGGUGCUGGACAAGUGGGUGGACCUGAGGACCACCGUGGCUCAGACCCUGACUCUGUCUGAAGAGCUGAUCUUCUGUGGCUGCGCUGACGGGAUGGUGCGAGUCUUAUGGGCCGCCGACCUGCACUUUGUAUGCGCGCUGCCACGACCGCACCCCCUCGGCUCAGACGUCUCCGCCAUGACGGACGCCAGCCAUCUUUUCAACACCAAGGCAGACGCUUGCUACGCAGACGUCAUCGCCCUUCAGUACGACCCUGCCAGUCGCUGGCUCAGCUGUGUGUACAACGACCACAGCCUGUAUGUGUGGGAUGUUAGAGAGGUGCGCCGGGUAAAGAAGGUGACCUCUGCCCUCUUCCAUGCUGCCUGUGUUUGGGAUCUAGAGAUGUUUCCAGACGUUCCUGUAGAAUCUGCUGCCGGUCUGUCAUCAGGCGCGUUCCUCACCUGUUCAGCCGACAACACCAUAAGGAUGUGGCACAUGGAGGACUCAACCCAAACCCGUGUUGGGUGUCAGAACAUUCUCAGCCAUGAUCUUUUAAACAUAAUUUAUGUUGAUGGAAACACCAGCACCUUGUUGGAUCCAGAAUGUGCAACAAAUGUGAAUGCAGACAAGUCAGGAGAUGUGCCGGCUGCAGAAAUCAGGGGCAGCAUCAGGACCGUCUGCGUCAGUCCAGAUGGCAAACACCUGGCAUCUGGAGAUCGCAACGGGAUGCUGAGGGUUCAUGACCUCAGCAGCAUGAAGGAGAUCCUGAAAGUUGAGGCUCACGAUGCUGAAAUCCUCUGUUUGGAAUACAGCAAACCAGAAACAGGCCUGAAGCUGCUGGCCACAGCUAGCAGGGACCGUCUGAUCCACGUCCUGAAUGCAGACGACGACUACAGUCUGGUGCAGACACUCGAUGAGCACUCUUCAUCCAUAACAGCCGUCCGCUUUGCUGCUCAUGAGAACAAUGUGAAGAUAAUCAGCUGUGGUGCAGACAAGAGCAUUUACUUCCGCACAGCACACAAGACCGACAGAGGAACCGAGUUUAGGCGUUCUCACCACAUGGUGAGGAAGACCACACUUUACGACAUGGCUGUAGACGCCACCUGCAAGUACGCAGCUGUCGGCUGUCAGGACCGCUGCAUCAGGAUUUUCAACAUCGGCAGCGGCAAACAGAAGAAGCUCUACAAGGGAUCUCUGAGUGAAGAUGGCAGUCUCCUCAGAGUCCAGAUCGAUCCUUCAGGUCAGUUUGUGGCCACCAGCUGCUCCAAUAAAAGCAUCAGCAUCUUUGACUUCUUCACCGGGGAGUGUGUUGCCACCAUGUUUGGACAUUCUGAAAUUGUUUCUGGGUUGAAGUUCACCAACGACUGCAAGCGUUUAAUCUCCGUAUCAGGAGACAGUUGUGUCUUUGUGUGGCGACUCGCUCCAGAACUAACUAUCGCCAUGAGGGAGAGGCUGCACCAGCUCCAACAAAACACAAACUCAGCGCCCCGCGAGUCCCCCGGCAUCAGGCGGGAGGUGUACAGUGCUCCUGCUAUGGUUGGUCUGUCCUCUGACAGCGACCGGGAGCAGGAGGAGGAGGAGGAGGAGGAGGAGGAGGACAGAGUGGAGAAUAACGCUGAUGACAACAUAAGUAAAACUUCUUCUGACAGCAGCUGCAGGGAGGAGAACACAGGUUCAGAUGAAGAAAAGGCUGCAGAGCUGACUAAGGAUGGAGCCGUCACCCAGGUCCCUCCUGAUGCCACGAAGCGUCCCCGGAGGUGCUGGUCUCGCCGUAUGGGCUCCCUAGAAGUGAUGAUAAAGUCCAUGCUGGACCUGAGACAGGUGGAGACAUUUGGACAGAAAAGGAGCCCCAGUUUGUCCACUGAUGACAAACGGAGCGUCUCCAGCCUCCAAGAGACUGUGCAGACAGACGAGAAGUCCAGGAGACAAAGACGCUGGCUGUCCUCAGUCAAGUGUGCCAAGGAGACAGAUGCAGCGGCACGCUUCUGUGAGGGAAACGAGGACGACUCAAGACCAGCAGAAAGGGAUUACACGGUGAAGGACUGCGGUGCUAUGGGGCGAAGGAUGCGGACCGAGAGCCAGGAGAGCCGCAGCCCAGACAGCGCAUGCUCCUUGGACUACGACAGCACCGAGUCCGGCCCGGACCACAUCCCUUCUGCAGAUGAUGAGUCUCCGAGUGUGGGCAGCUCUGAUGAUGAGAGUAAAGACGAGGCAGAGAGGAGGCCGGCAGCAGUGACGAGUUUAGACGAGGCUUUGAGGAGAGUGAACAGCGAUCCUGAACACGAGCAGGAAGACUUCCUUCGGCAGAACUUUGAGACCCUGGCAGAGAGCUGCAGCACCGCUGAGCAGAGCAGAGCCCCGAGACUCAGUAUGUCUUCAUGCUUCCUGUCCAAAGAGCACAAGAACAGAACUGUGCCUUCAUUUGAUGAAGUGAUCACAAAGGAACAAGAUGAAAAAUCUACCAAUCCUCUGGUGUCAAAAGUACGUCCGUUAACGGGAAACAGCGAGAGCGGAAAGGCAGGGGACGGGAUCCCCUCGUCUCCCUCCAAAAAUGAGAGCAGGGCUCCAGAGAAGAAUUCUCCUCUGAAACGUCGACCUGUGAAGAAGAUGACCCCAGGGUCCAACCACUGGAGGAUGUCGAACCCUCCACCUAAAGCUGCAGCCAUGUUGGACAGAGCAGCGUGUUUACAGAAAUCCCAGUCUGCACAGAACCUGAAUACAGACCCUUCUCGCUCGCCUCUGCCCUCUUGUGUCCAAAAGGAGGCUUACAAGAGACCCCAGCACAUACCCCUGACAAAUGUCACUCCUAGAUCUACCUUUAACUUCUCCACUUCCUCCUCUGGGUCGCCACGCUCCCCCCAGUCCCCCUUAGCAUGGGAGAGCCCCAAACUGAAGCCCCAGCGCUCCUACAUGAACCCCACUGCGAGCUCCAUGGCCAAAAGCAGCCGGUCGUCCUCCUCCUCUUUGAGCGACGAUCUCCAGUCUGGAUCUCCACCUCGCUCCCCACGGAAUAGGAGGUCAUCAGAGGAGGCGGAGCCUCCAAAUCUCGUCAAGUUCCCAACAUCAUCAUCCUCAGCUUUCUCUCACCUCAUAGUCACAGCUUUGCCAUCCCAUUUGACCCAGAAUGGCCCUCCUUCUCGCAUCCCGCUGCUGAAGCAACCUGUCAGCGCCCGGCGCAGCCUGAACCUGGACGUGAAGCCAAGCCCGAGUUGCUCAGGCUCUCCUUUGAGGACCUCUGCUUCUGUAGUGGACGUUGGUUCUGAUGUUUCACCUUCUACCAGAAAAACUCAAGAUCUCUCAGUCACCUUGGAAUCCUGCAGACAGGCCAUCACUGAGCUCCAGCGCAGUUUGAAGAAGACCAUCUUUCUGUUUACUACGUUGCUGAAGAGCGAGCAGCCCCCAUGUAAAGAUCAGCAGGAGAUGAGAAACAUCCUGUCUCGGGCUCUGGUUCUGGUAAAGACCGAACUGGACUCUCUGCCUCUCCAUUCCUCCCAGUACGAAGAGGCCAGGGGGUCAAAGGGCGAAGGGUCCAAGACCCUGGCUCUGCUGGAGCAGUACUCCGAGCUGCUGCUGAAGUCUGUGGAGAAGAAACUGGACACUAAGGCCUGAAGAGGUGAACUUAUGUU